ACUUCACAAUUCACAUGCAAGCACAAUCAAAAUAGUGAGAAGCCCGAAAUUCUCCGAAGGAGAGAGAGAGAGAGCCUGCGAAACUUCCUGAGAAAAAAAAAUGGUGGUGGACGAGACGGUGAAAUCUGCAGUGGCGGCUGCAACCGCCGAAGACCUGAAGAAUCCGGCCACCGCGAACCCUAACCCCAAUUCGAAGGGCGUUUCGGGUAGGGGUGACUCGGAGCUGGAAGAGGGAGAGAUUGUGGGGGAAGAGGAUUUAGCCGAGCAAUCGGGGAAAGAGGAGCCGAAAGCGGACCAGCCGCAUCCGCUCGAGCACUCGUGGACUUUCUGGUUCGAUAACCUGUCCGCGAAAUCGAAGCAGGUCGCUUGGGGUGCCUCCAUGCGCUCGAUCUAUACCUUCUCUACCGUCGAAGAAUUCUGGAGUCUGUACAAUAACAUGCAUCAUCCAAGCAAAUUAGCUGUUGGAGCAGACUUUUAUUGCUUUAAAAACAAAAUUGAGCCAAAGUGGGAGGACCCUGUUUGUGCUAAUGGAGGGAAGUGGACUAUGAACUUCAACAAAGCGAAAUCUGAUACCUGUUGGCUGUACACGUUGCUGGCAAUGAUUGGAGAACAAUUUGAUCAUGGAGAUGAAAUAUGUGGAGCCGUUGUUAAUGUCAGAAAUAGGCAGGAGAAAAUAUCUGUGUGGACGAAGAAUGCUGCAAAUGAAGUUCCACAGGUGAGCAUAGGGAAGCAGUGGAAGGAGUUCCUGGAUUACAAUGAGAAUAUUGGGUUCAUAUUCCAUGAGGAUGCAAAGAAGCUUGAUAAAGCUGCUAAGAGUCGCUAUAACGUAUGAGUUUUUGCAUUUUCGAUUUAGCUCAAGAUGGGGAAGUUUCUUAAUCCAGAAUGAUGCUCAUUGUCUAAUGAUCUCAUGAGUUUGGACGGCUUUGUACUUUGAACUGCAGGGUAGUUCUAGCAGUGUAAAAAUAGAUGAGUUUGGCAUGUCAACAAAGUUUUUUUUUUCU